GUCGUGCUGAACAGAAGGGGCGGAGCGCCAACUCCAGCGGGAAGACAGAGACCGCGACGCGCAGGGGUAGCGCGCUGGAGCGAGGAAGAAAGACGGACACCCCGUACGCAGCCCCACUGCACGCGCAAGUCGGGGUCCCCCAGGACCGAACCGAGCGGCCAGGGCAGCCAAGCGAGCCGGGAGGAGGGGCCCAGGCACGUAGUUUUCUUCUCGUCCGGAGGCCCCACACGCUUCGCUUUUUGAGCCUGCAUUUCUGACUCGAUUCCCGCCCUUGCUGGGCGGCACCUUCGGGACCGCGCGGCCGCGCCGGGGGGUCCGGGGUGGUGUGUUGACUCUCCUCGGGGAUGUGCGCACGGUGCCAGAAUCGGUGAGUGGUGACAGCCGAAGGUCUGGACCCCCAGCUCAGCGCGUUCAGACCCCCACACCACUCCACCUGCAGUCGUCACCAUGGCAGCCCAGAAUGGAAACACUAGCUUUGCCCCCGGCCUUGAGCCAGCUCAAGACCAUACCUCCCCCCUCCCCUUCAACUUCAGCUACGGUGACUACGACCUCCCUCUGGACGAGGAAGAGGACAUGACCAAGACCCGGACCUUCUUCGCUGCCAAGAUCGUCAUCGGCGUGGCCCUGGCGGGCAUCAUGCUGGUCUGCGGCGUCGGCAACUUCGUCUUCAUCGCGGCGCUGGCCCGCUACAAGAAGCUGCGCAACCUCACCAACUUGCUCAUCGCCAACCUGGCCGUCUCGGACUUCCUGGUGGCCAUCGUCUGCUGCCCCUUCGAGAUGGACUACUACGUGGUGCGCCAGCUGUCCUGGGAGCACGGCCACGUGCUCUGUGCCGCUGUCAACUACCUGCGGACCGUCUCACUCUACGUCUCCACCAAUGCCCUGCUGGCCAUCGCUAUCGACAGAUAUCUCGCCAUCGUCCACCCCUUGAAACCACGGAUGAAUUAUCAAACGGCCUCCUUCCUGAUCGCCUUGGUGUGGGUGGUGUCGGUCCUCAUCGCCAUCCCGUCGGCCUACUUCACCACGGAGACCGUCCUGUUCAUCGUCAAGAGCCAGGAGAAGAUCUUCUGCGGCCAGAUCUGGCCGGUGGACCAGCAGCUCUACUACAAGUCCUACUUCCUGUUCAUCUUCGGCGUGGAGUUCGUGGGCCCCGUGGUGACCAUGACCCUGUGCUACGCCCGGGUGUCCCGCGAGCUGUGGUUCAAGGCGGUGCCGGGCUUCCAGACGGAGCAGAUCCGGAAGCGGCUGCGCUGCCGCCGGAAGACGGUGCUGGUGCUCAUGGGGAUCCUCACGGCCUACGUGCUGUGCUGGGCGCCCUUCUACGGCUUCACCAUCGUGCGCGACUUCUUCCCCUCCGUGUUCGUCAAGGAGAAGCACUACCUCACGGCCUUCUACGUGGUCGAGUGCAUCGCCAUGAGCAACAGCAUGAUCAACACCGUGUGCUUCGUGACCGUCAAGAACAACACCAUCAAGUACGUCAAGAAGAUCGUGCUGCUGCACUGGCGGCCCUCGCACCACGGGAGCAAGUCCAGCGCCGACCUGGACCUCAAAACCAGCGGCGUGCCGGCCACGGAAGAGGUGGACUGUAUCAGGCUGAAGUAACCCGCCCGCGUCCCACGGCCGGGAAACCCGAAAGCCAGCACUCGUCGUAUAAUCCACACCGGGCUGCCCGGGGAAGGACGGCCAUGUUGCACACGUCCUGGGCCUCAAGGGGCUCAGACUCGGGACAGGUAACAGCCCCUGAGACUGCCUGAAUGCCUACUGUGUGCUGGCUGCGCCGAGGAGAUCCAACAAGGCUCCGAGAGCUGACGUUUAGCCAUUACGUACUAUGGGCAGAAAUUCCACGACAAGACAAAAUGGCAGAAGCUAUUGGAAUCACCAAGCGAGGGCCAGUCAGGGGCCUCAGAUGGUUAUCUGCGCUCGGUCUCCAUCUCCCUACACGCAUUCUGUAGCUCGUCAGGGCAGGAACGGCAACAGGCGUUAGAACAAGCCAGUUAGACGUGACGGGGAAACACAAGGAUAAGUUCAUCAGAGUGCGGGGUUUACAGCCUCAUGGGAAGAGGGUUCAUGCCAUCCCGUUGAACUUUCCCACUUGGCUCCUACUACCUCCCUAAAGAUACUCUCUAGGAUUCUGGCUGCGAGAAAACCAGUUUUCUCAUAAGCAGGCCAUUGGUUAUCUACAAUGGUGUAAUUUCAAAGGAAAGGACUGAAAAAAAAAUCUCUUUUCCACUGAUGCUUGAAAGCUCAUUGCUCUUUUGGGUGAAGAUGUGCUGUCCUGAAAUAAGGAACACACCCAGUUCCUGACACCUUAGUGUAAAGGAUUUCGGGGGUUGUGAGGUCAGGGAGGAAGGGGACAGAGUAAGGGGUGGAGCUUGCCACUGGCGACUAACACAGCCUAUGUGGCUAAGGUCUAAGUGGCUUAGUGAUCAAAGGUCUGCAUCAUUUUCUAGGACAAAUCCUCUUUUGAGAACAAACGAAAUGAGCUCUACUUGGAAAGGAAAGGCCUGGGUUCGAGCCUUAAUUCUAAGAUUCAUGUCACCUGGCUGCUUACUCCCUCUGUUUCUCGGUUUUGCUUCAGGGAAACAGGGAUGUUGAGAACGCCUCUUCUGUCUACCUUACAGGACUCUUGGGAGAGCCCAUGGAGGCCCUAGCUGGUGAAAGUGAUUUUUUACCCUAUCAGUGAUAAGAACGAAUAAGUGAUAUUGAACAGUUUGGAUAAGGGAAACCCCAUCCACUGCAACUUCAUGUGAAGAAACACUCCCACUCUUUCAUUCCUGUUUUUUGGACCAGAGACCCCUGAACUCUUCAAAGUGCAGCCUAUCCCCAGGACAAGAAAGGAACUGCUGUCCUGGGUUAUAAUAAGGAAGAUUUAACCUCAGAAUUUCAGUGACACUUGCCCCCUCUCCGCCCCCAACGUCUUCAGAAGUGUUGACAGUCUUCCCUGCAUGUUGACAAGCAGCACAGCCCACGGCUGCAUAAUGUUUGAAUUACACAUCUGUGGUGAUGAUGCAUAUGUCUUCUUUCUCCCUUGUUCCUUUCGAAGCAGAGACUACAAAUGGUACCUGGGUUGGGACUGACCCAUCCACAUCGGGAUAACUCCUGCUUUUCUCUAGAGAAACGGUUAUGGGAUUGGUUUGCUUGUUUGUUUUUUAAUUAAUUGUUGGUUUGUUUACCCAACAGGGAAGCUUCAACCAACAUUUUCUUCCAUCACCACCCAGCACACUAACCCUCAGCCCAAUCACUGUACCUCAGAAAGUGCAAACUCACUUUGAUAUUAGCUUAAGCCAAAUGGUUGGUAAGUUCUGUGUUUACAAAAAUGACACAAUGCAUUUUAAGUAUUUGGGAUUACCUGCUUUUUUUACAAAUAUAACUGUGCUUUUAUUUAUUACCCUCAUCCUGACUCUUCUCCUGAUUAGAAGAUUCUUUAAGAGUAGACUGGACACCAAUUGUGUCUGACAAAUGAAUUCAGACCCUUUUUCCUUUUUAUCCUAAAAUGGACCAUCCUCCUUUAAUUUAAAUUCACCGGAAACAGCUUUUGUAAAUAUCGGUGCGUAUUUGUGAUUUUCCAGUAAGUGUCAUGUUCUUAUCCAAUUACAUAAUUAACAUAUGGAAUGUUAACCACAGUGUGCAAAUGUUUUCCCCACUGAUCUUUUAUCUAUGUUAGUAUAUUUAGAUAUAAACAGUAUGUUUAGAUAGAAACCUAAACAGUUCAACCCUGAAACAGAAAGGAAACUUAUUGAAGUCGUAUUCAGAACAGUGGCGGCUCACGCCAGCGCCCAGCCUCCCAUCGGUUACAUGCUUGCAAAAACUACCCUGUGCUUGUGUUACCCCUUCGUUCUAAAAUCGUCUUGUUUGUGUAAUGAAUACUGCUGUUUGCAUGGAGACUGUCCAUUCACCUAACUGGUGUUAAAGUAAUAAAUAGUAAGUUAAUUGCAUUUGUAUUUACUCUGUUCUUCUCAAGACUAGUUGAUGAUAAGUUUAAGAUACUUUUAAUGACUUCAGCUAUGUCAGCAUUUAUACCUACUAUCAUAUGUUGAAAAUUUAAUCUCAUUUGGCAACCAGGUCCAUCUCUUUGGCCAGAAUAAGAGAAAAGAUGGCUCUGUGAUGAGGCUGUUAGAGGUGUUUCUUUCAACAUCUGAUAUCCAGAUAAGUUGAUUCUCAAACUAAAGAAAUCAAAAGAUGGCUUUGGGUUCUCAGGCAUAAAAACCAAUUCCAGACUUAUGAGGGAGAAUGUGACAUGUGGGAGGUGAUUAGAAAACUUUAAAAAGUUCUGUUUCUAGGGGAAA